GUUGAUGAAAGAGUAAGGCAGGGAAGGAGGAAAAAAGAAAUAAACCAACAACAAGAGCAAAAGGAAGAAAGCCGAGAUAAUGGCAAACAAAUUCUUAGCAUUGUUGUUGGUGUGCCUUGUGGUGGCUGCAACUGUUGAGGCAGAUCAAGAUGUACCAAGCACCUCAGCACAGUGCUACGAUUAUUGCUACCAAGCUUGCUAUUACCCGGCAGCAUUCUGCAAAUGGUGGUGCAAUGUCGGCUGCAAAUACCCAAUAGACUCGGUAGGCACAGAGAGUAUUGGUGAAAUAAAGUAUCCCGUACCAACGGAGCAAGAUUACUUAAACCGCCCCUCCGGCCUCAGAAAAAAAUAUUGAACCAGGCACAAGGCUUUCUUAUCAAUUAGGCCACUGCAUUAUACUUGUCUUCUUAAUUCUCCUCCUUCCCUCCAUUUCUCAUUCUCACAAUAAUACCAUCAAUUUUUUUUCUUCUCCUUUUA